GAGGGGCUAAAUAGUUCACUUGAUAAGCUGUUUUUAUUGCUGUAAAUGCAUUCUUCAUUUGGGAAGCAUGGCUUGAGUGCCUACAGUGUGCCUUCACUGGGGGAGUUGCUUGACGGAGUAAGGCACAAUGCUCUCCUCUCUCUGAAGCUCACCGUCAGCAGUGUAAGCCCUGAUUACAAGAAGACACACACAGGGGCAUGAUGGGAGGGGAAAUGACACCCAGGUACAGGAAGCAGGUUCAGCUUCAUAAAAGGCGAGGCUCUGGAGGAGUCCUUGAAGGUUCUGAUAAACAGUAAGAACAUUCCAGUUCAGUAGGGUAAAGGCCUUCGAAUAGAGAGCAGUAAGGUGACUUAAUCGGUGAGUCCAUUCAUUAUACAUGUAAUCCAUAUAGAAUCAAAUAAAGAAAGCUGUGUCAGCCAUCUAUCACCCUGCUUCAGGAAUGACGAGCUUUGCCCUCUGUAGAACUGACCCAGGGUGUUUAGUCUGAAACUGGAGUGUGAAGAACCAAGAGGCUGUGACUACAAAGAGAGGUCACGGAGAGCCAGUCACUGAUGAUGUUUGAGCAAGAUGUUCUUGAAUGCUGGCGGAAGGAGAAAACCCAAUCCCAGGGGAAUUGGCGUUGGGUAGGGGCUUUCUCCAUCAUUCACCAGAGGCCAUUUGCUGAUGUGAGCUCUAGAUCCAGCUUUCUGUCCUGGUUACUGGUGUUCUUGGGACUCAUGGGAGCCAGAGAAACAUCAAGGCCAUGGAGUUCUGGUCAAGUACAGAAGCAGGUGUUGGUUGAGUGCAGGGCUAUAAAAUGUGACUUUGUGCACGGUGCCACUGAGCAGCUGGGUGUGCAAUAGCAUUUGGAUAGAGUCACACCUCCCAGGGCCAGAAAGUCCUCAUCCCCCGAGUGCAGCAGGCAGCCAGCCUGCAGAUGUGCAAGCACUGUGCUGUGGGACUUUUCUAAACGUAUUUUCCUUAAAGCCAGUCUUAAGGCCCUGUUCCUUGGGAAGUUUUGUUGACUUGUGAAUCAUUCCCAGACACGGGACUUCUCUUUUGCGGCCGGACAAUUUAAACGCUUGUGUUUGGUGCUCUCUUAAUUAGCACUGUUUGAAAAGAAAGCCUGACUGCAGGUGACCCCAAGGCCCCUGUGUCUCUCAGGCAGUCCCCCGGCAUAUGACACACAACAUAAUGCCAGUGUUCUUGGCAGGCUCCCUGAUUCUCAUCCUCUCCUCUCCUCUCCUCCAGUAACCCUAGUUAAAUUUAGCAUCUGCCCCAUCCCAUCAAUUUGGGUCUUCUGGCCUUGCUCAUUUCCGGCUUGCGUAAUAGCCAAGAGCCACUCCACAGAAGAGGUGGGCUCACUGAAGCUUGACAGUAAGACAGGCAUUGUGUUUAUUGGCCUGACUCACAGACUAUGGGAUGGCUUCCCCCUCCUCCUUUUAAAUUUUUAUUUUCAAUCUGGAAUUGCUGUCCCUGUUUUCUUUCUAAAUGCGGUUGAAGGCAUGUGACUCCUUCCUCCUUGGACCUAUUUGAUAUGGAAGUAGAGGGGUGUGUGUGUGUGUGUGUGUGUGUGUGUGUGUGUGUGUGUGUGUGUGUGUGUUAUUCUGCUGUUCGGGGAUUAAUCCUUCAUAAAGAAAGCUGGCCGACUCCGAGAGCUUCCCUCAAACCAGGGAAACGGAGGUGUGUCCCCUUGUGCACUCUAAUGAGCUGUGCACACAUGCGCCGUGAUGUCAGCGGUGAGCACAGUCACUAAGAGCACAGAGCUGAUGAGGCCAAGGUCAAGGGCUUCAUAGCCCUGCAGAUCAGGUAGCUAUGUUUCAGAGCCAGCUCUUGAGAGUACCAAGUCCAUCCACUGAGACCAUCUUUGAUGCCGGAGGUCAAGAAACAAGAUCUGAGAGCCUCAUCCCUCCCUUGCUCCUGUUCGGAUGCCGUGCCUAGCUCAGACGAGCAGGGCAACACCAUCUUUACCAGGUGGUGUCAACAGAAAGAACCUUGUAAGACACAGAGGUGACCAGAGGAAGCUACCUCCUGUCUCAUACUUUCUGAAUGGUGGCCGGCCUUCCCCACCUUCAGCCUCUUUCGUUCCUUCUCAAAAAAAAUUAAUUAAUUAAUUAAUUAACUAAUUAAUUAAUUAAUUCAGCAUGCAGUGUCUCAAGAAUUAAAACACUGCUGUUUUUGAAGGCAGUAGCUCAGUUAAUGGCAGCUGAGGAUAUGAAGCUGUAUGGUAAGAUACGGAGAGAUCUAACCCGAAAGAAACCUUUCAAUUAGGUGAAACUCUGCAUACCAAAUUUUGUGCACUGUUAAGGAUACACAAAACUCUAUUGACCCAAGACUACUUACACUGUUACUGACGUGGCUUGAGUGUGUAUUCAUGAGUAAAAGCUAAGUGUUUCUUAUCAGAAUUCUUGGGACCAGAAGUGGUUUGCAUUUCAGGUGUUAAAAUAUUUACAUACUACCCGCAAACACACACAUGUGAUAUGUCAGAAUGGGACCCAAAACUUAACCAUGAAAUUCAUUUGUUAUAUAUAUCUUAUAUACAUGGUCUGGAGAUGAUUUUUAUAGGGUUUUUAAAGUUUUGACCUUCUAGAAAUUACCAAUAUGCUCAUGAUUUAAACGUGACCUGCCAGCCAAGGUCAGAUAUGGAAUUGGACACAUGCGAUGCCGUGUGGGCACUCGGGGUUUCAGACCAUACAGCACUUCAGAGCUCAGGUCUUGGGUUAGAGAUGCUCAGCCCUUGUAUGAAGGGCAGGCCAGAAGGAGAAGAGACGAAGCACUGCAGCGUGUGCUUCAGCGAGAGCCCCCUCUGUGGCUGAGCAUCCUGACACAGCGAGUCAUAGCAGAGACAGAGCACAAGGCUGUGUUCACCCCCAUGACCCCACUUCACCGCAGCCACCGGCUUAGCCAGUGAUCAGUUGAUCGGACACUGAUCGUCUCGAAAUGAGAAUUCACAUCACAGAACAAAUGUGUCUUAUUUAGUUUGCCCAUGGCUUCCCGCAAGUGUCCCACGUGGGUUCGUUACAUUGAAGUCUUACCUUCCACCCUAGCAAACUGUGAGGAACCUGGUGUUGGCUCCCAGCUUCCCCUCCUGCCCUGGACAGGAUAGUGACCACACCAAUGCUAACUACCUCCACAGCAUAGUCUUCUGAAAUCCUUUCAGGCCUUGAGCAGAGCAGUCAUCGAGGACACAGCUUCUACUCUGUUGUGGAAGGCGAGGAUGAAAUAUUACUAAGUUGGCUGUACAAUGUCUGUUUCAUUAUUGUGAUACUUAGAGACACAGUACUCCACUAAUGAUUAAGCCAAGACAACAGGCAAAAAAAAAAAAAAAAAACCAGAACCAUUCCAGACAACCUGGAUGGGACAGUGUGCAUGUGUGUAUGUAUAUGCAUGUGUGCUCGCUUAUGCGUGUGCACGCACUUAUGCGUGCACGCAUGAGUUUAAAGAAUGGGAUCUGGAAGUCUAGAAACCAGGCUCUAACCCCCAGUUCUGACAGAACAAAUCAUGAAGGUCAAGUUUCUCAUUUCUCGGUCUCUGUUUCCCCUGUGGUGAGAAGAGAGGAUAAAUUAGAUCAUUCUAAAAGUCUUUUUAACAGCUUUAAUGAUUUAUUUAUUUAUUUAAUAUGAAUACACUGUCUCUGUCUUCGGACACACCAGAAAAAGGCACUGGAUCCCAUUACAGAUGGUUGUGAGCCGCCAUGUGGUUGCUGGGAAUUGAACUCAGGACCUCUGGAAGAGCAGCCAGUGUUCUUAACCGCUGAGCCAUCUCUCCAGCCCCAUACAGCUUUAAAAUCCAACAUAGCCAAGAAAUAUGGAGAUGGACACAACACAGUCUUCACCCUUGGGGUCUUAGGCAAUGAAGAAACAGCAAGCCAGGACAGAGUCCUGCUGGGUGCUGCCCAGUAACAGGAGAAAAUCCUCCCUAGUCUCAGUUGUGUCCCCUUUUCCAGAACGUCUGGUGGCAUGGUCCCUCUCAGCAUCAGACAGACAGUAGCCUCACCCACUUGCGGUGAAAAGUGAAGUUUCAAUAGGUCCCUUUGCUCUGACUGUCAUGACUCAUUGUGUCUGUGGCACAUGAAUUCGAUAGUAGGUAAGUGGUUGGUAAAGAAGUAGGGAGACAAUGAAAUCCAUAAUGCUGGCACUUGCACAAGAACCAGAAGGCAAAAGGGUCUUCAGAGAAGUCGGACCAUCACAUGAUCAUAAAAGAAACCUAUCUGGUUACAUGUGAUUGUGUGAUGGCAGCUUAAGUCUUUGGUUUCCAAAAAUUAAACGCUUUAACAUCCCAUGGAGUUAAAAAUAACAGAUUGCCACUCUUUCCAAAGAAAGUCCCUGUCCCCAAGAUGUACAUGCCACUGCUCCCCUAAAAGCUCCUUAAGUAAGCUGCCAGUCUGGGCUGAAAUCCAAGUGUGGUUCUCUCUGCAGAGUGACCCCUGUAGGAUAGUUCAGACAUAGGAAGAAGAAAGAAGAUCUGUGUUCCUCUCAUGUUCUUUCUAUAUACUGCCCCCUCUUAUCAUUUAAAUUCUUCAGUUUCUCUCUUUCCUGGGAUAGUAAGAGGCAUAAUCAUUUCUCCCUCUCCCUCCCCCCUCUCCCUGCCGCUCCCCCUCCCUCUCUCAUUCACACAGGCACUGCUGAGUGUUUCUGUGGUGAUUCUCGAAGUCUUGAGAGGACAGGGAUGCUCUGCUGGAAGCUUUCUGUCACGAGGUGCAUGAAGAAUUCUCCCAUCGUGCUCAGGAGUUCCACAUGUCAAAACACUGUCCCAUUUCUCCUACAGCUAACCCAGAACUUAGAUGGCAGUCUCCUCUUCCGUGGCGGACAGGAAGGCGACUUGCACUCUGAUUUGGCCCACUCAAGUUUCAUUCAUACAGUCUGUCCCUUGAGCGGGACAUUAUUCCUCCCAUCACAACCAAACCCCAGGUUCCUAAGGACUGCCUUGGAAUCUUACACAGCUUCAGUGAAAUAACUAACGAUAGGUGUGUGACACUUUUUUAUUGAGUCCUACUAUGUGUCAGCCCUCCUAAGCUCUUAAAUGUUCACAGACAUCCUAAAAACAAGUUAUAUUAUCCUAAGUUUAUAGAUGAGGAAAGAGAGACUAAGGAAUACUCCUCCAGACGAAGGGACAAAAUGGAGGGGUGCAUGCGUGCAUGUGUGCACGCACACGCAGAAGCCAGAGGUUGAUGCCCUGUUGUCUUCUUCAAUCUCUCUAGCUUAGAUAUUGAGCAGGGUUUCUCACUUGAACCCAGAGCUCACCAGUCCCACCAGCUUGCUUCAGGGAUCCCCUGUCUCUGCCUCCUAUUGGUGGGGAUUACGGGCAGGCUACCACAGCAACCCACCAUUUCUGUGAGUACCACUGGGCCCUGGUCCUCAUACCUUCGUGUCAAGCCGUUUUUACUUGCUGAAUCAUGUCUCACAACAUGCAAAGCUAAAAUCUAAAUCUAGGUGACGUUCACAACAGACCAGAAUGCUCUCGUGGUUUUUGUAAGUUUUCAGUGUUCGUGCAGCCUGAAAAUAGAGGAAAUGGUUGGAAAAAUGAGACAAUUUCAUCGAGAUUAUGAUAUUAAGGUAAUUCUACGAGGGCGCGGUGGAUCUGGUGACCCUUUGUAAGAGAUAAAAUGUAAGCAACAAAAUGUCAAAGAAAAUUUCGCAGAGGCCUUUUAGUUCAUGGCCUCCUUUAUUUUUCUGAAUCAACUGCUCUGUAGCCUGGCCUCUAAGUCACUGUGUAGUCAAGUAAGCAAGGUCUUCCUGCCUCCGUCUCUCCAGUGUUGGGAUGACAGGACAUCACUAUGCUGGGUUUUAUGUGGUACCUGAGGACAGAGCCUAGGGCCUCGUUGUCUGGUGGGCAAGCACUCUACCAGCUGAGCUACAUCCUAACCCUGGUUCAUGAUUUUAAAAAACGUACUCAAAAUCGGAAGGAAUAAACCUUCUGGAUGGCUGUUUCUCCCAGGAUGAGUAAGUCAGCAUGAGGAAAUCCUUCCGGCCGGUGUGGUGGACAGGGUCUGAAUCAGAUGCUAGAGUCUGGAAGUGGAAGCCAGCGCCUCUGUGCAGCUCCCCUUAGGAAGCCAGGCCUUCCUUACAGCUGCCACAGAGGCACCACAGAGAGAAAGCUUUUGUCUGCCCCUGGCCACUCACUGAUUUAAAAAAAAAAUCACUGGCUUCUCUAUCUUACUGGAAUAGUAUUGAUAAAUGAAGUGUCAAGGAUGCCCCCGGCUAGGAUAUGACAUCUUCGUUCUAUGUUUUAACUGUGUGAUUUGUGAAGGAGCCAGAGAGCUCCAUGAACGUGGGCCAGGCCACCUAGGUUAACGUGUCUUGGGGCAAGUUAGUUCCUCCGUGUGUCCAAGGAGGAAAAUGGCAGUACCUGCCUCAGACCAUGGGAGAAAGAAAUGGAUUCCUGUGAGAAUUGACCCAGGAAGAGCCCCUGUCAGGAGGCACCCAGUAAAUGUCACUCAUUGUCAUUACUUGACACAUCUUCCCGUUACUUAGUUGAGCUUUUAAUCGUCCUUUCCUUGUGAAUUCUUAAUUGUGAUAAAAUAUGUAUAAAAGCCUUAGAGCCCGACGUGUGUGUCAGCACAGUUAACUGGGGUUGAAUGGCGCCACCUCAGAGAGGAGUGGUCCCUUUUUCUUUCUCUCCUUUGCUUCCAAUUCCAUGGUUCUUGACCUUCAUCUUGGGAACAGACUCCAUGUGGGUAUCAAAUUUGUGCAUCCCAUGCUUACCAAAGGCUUUUCACCUCACCUAGAACACCUCUCUAGCCCAGCUGGGAACCAUCGCUUUCAGAACUACUCUGCUGAUGCUGUCAGUCUUUAUUGUUUGCAGAGCAUGGCCUGUUUGGGAGUGAGCACUUGUAUUGCAUCCUGGGACCUGGAUCGUUCUGUCACACACACACACACACACACACACACACACACACACACACACACACACAAACACACACACACUGUCUAGAACCUUCUGUGAAUCUCUGGCUGUCUCCUCUUACAUUUAAGUAUAAGGUUAGCCUUCUCACCCCUCUCCAUGCUGUGAUUCUAAAAGCCGGCAGCAGGUCAUGAGAGGUCCCUGGAGAAUAAGAGCAGGUCCAGACUGCCACUUCCUGUCCCCAGCUGAACGACGACAAAAUAGAGGCAAAGACCCUUCCUUCCUGUUUCAGGGCCACGGUUGACUUGCCCUUGUCUUCUCUGUCCUCCAUUCCCUCCUCAGCAUGUGCUAGCCACAGCAGAGGAAGGCACUGGUCAGUUCGCAUAGUCUCUUGGCAUUUACCCGCUAGCCCUCAAUCUUCUUCCUCUGUCUGCUGUGGUCUGGAGAAUGCUUUUAGGUCUGGGAUGAGACUAGUCUCUUCAGCCAAAAGUUUCACGGGCGGGAGAUUCCUACACGCAUGAGUAACUCCAGAGGUAGGCAGGAAGUCUCCAAGAAACUUUGAGAAAAACUAGCCAGUCCCUUGGAGAUCAGGCCCUGGAGUCAGUGGAUUUCAACUCUAAAGAAGGAAAUUCUCUGCUGAAAGCCUACUGAUUGGCUGUCCCCAGCUCCAAGACUCUUCAGCCUUAUCUCUGUGCUGCCCUCACCCCCCCCACACCCCACACCCCCCAACCCCCACCCCCUAACCCCCACCCCCCACCCCCGGCUCUGUUAGCUGUUGAUAAAUUACCCCACAGCUCUGAUUGGCUCCUUUCAGAUUCUGCCCCUUAGGCUCUUCUUUGUUUUAAGGCGGGGUCUCAUAUAACUCAAGCUGGCCUCUAACUCACCCUGUAGCCAAGGAUGGCCUUGAAUACAGCUACCCAUUUCCAUCCCUGAUUUAUUUAAUGUUGGGGAUCAAGCUCAGGGCUGUGUGCGCGUUGGGUGAGCACUCUGACUAAACUACCUCUAAGCUCCCCUUGAUUUAUUUGAGGAACUAAUUUUGUUUUUCCUGCACGUAUGUGUAUGUAUAACCAAUGUCUACAGAGGUUCCCUCAGAACUGAGGUUAGAGAUGGUUGUGAACCAUGUGGGUACUGAGAACUGAACACCCAUCCUCUGCAAAAGUAGCAAGUGUUCUUACCCACUGAGCCAUCUCUCCAGCUGUCACCCCACUCUUGCACCCUGAUUCCUUAGAUGGCCCCUUUGGGCUGCUGUUUUGAAGCUGAGAGAGACCUCUCUACUCUGCCACUGACUAGCCUGCGAACAUGUGGAUGAUCUAUGCUGGCCCACUGGAAGAGACAACCCACUUGCAGGCAGCAUCUACCUGGCCUGAGGGAAGAUCGGUGAACCGUUUCGUUUCCUUCAGCCCAUGUUAUCAAGUGCUUAUGAGAAGUCCAGGGUUUGUUAUUUAUCAAGCUAUCCCCUCCAAUCAAGAUAAUUUACUUCUUAGGCCCUAAAGGGGAAUUCAAGUUGAGAUGACCAGGUAAAAGGUCAGUAGAUGGUCUCCAACCAAGCAGAAAUUGAACCUUGAAGAAAAGGAAUGGGGGCCAAGGAGGCAUAGCAUUCUGCUAGGCUGCUGUAACAAACACCAACACUAGACAGCUGUCGACACAGCACGUCAGUAUGUCCCGCUCUGGACGCCCUCGGUCAGGGUUGGUUUCCGUGAAAGCUGAGGGGAGGAGGACCUGGUCCAAGACUCAGACUUAGCUACAGAAGCCUGGUGGGCAGUUAAUCCAUAGUAUUGCUUGUCUUGGAGGUCCUGUCUUCCUGUGUGCAUGUGUCCAUGUCCACAACCUCCUUUUUAUAAGGGGACCAGACAUACUGAAUAAUAAAUACUGCCUUCAGUUUCCCCUCUGUUAAUGUUAGAAGCACCCUGACCCAGAACACUGGCACUGGAGAGACGGAUUAAGAUCGCAUGCCGUUCUUCCAGAAGAGCCACCAGAUUCAGUUCCCAGCACCCAUGUGACAGAUAGCAACUGUGUCUGUAACACCCAUCCCAGAGACUUCCGUCAGCACUGCAUGUACCUGGUUCACAGGCAAACAUGCAGUCAGAACACACGUACACAUAAAUAAACAUAACCACCACCGAGGGGAGUAAAGGGUUCAUUUCAGCUUACAGGUUACAUUUCCAUCACUGAAGGAAGUCAUAGAUGGAACUUUGUGCACAAAGUGUGGCAAGGCAGUCACCGGGAGCCUCUACCAUCAGACAACUCUGUGGAGCCUCUGCCAUCAGACAACUCUGUGGAGCCUCUGCCAUCAGACAACUCUGUGGAGCCUCUGCCAUCAGACAACUCUGUGGAGCCUCUGCCAUCAGACAACUCUGUGGAGCCUCUGCCAUCAGACAACUCUGUGGAGCCUCUGCCAUCAGACAACUCUGUGGAGCCUCUGCCAUACAGUUUGCUCACUUUUCUGAAUAAUUGUGUCCAGAGGACGCCCAGGACGCCAGCGGAGAGCCUGCACCACAACCCUCCCACUAUUGAACUCUUACAUCGCCCCAGGUCACCCAUCACCACAAACCACAGGCCUUCUCCGGACCCAGAGCAGCAGCGGCCCCUGCGGUCCCCCCUGGACAACAUGAUCCGCCGCCUCUCGCCUGCAGAGAGAGCCCAGGGGCCAAGGCUACAGCAGGAAAACAACCACCAGGAAUCCUACCCCCUGUCAGUGUCUCCUAUGGAGAAUAAUCACUGCCCACCGUCCUCGGAGUCCAACCCGAAGCCCUCAAGCCCCUGGCAGGAGAGCACACGAGUGAUCCAGCUGAUGCCUAGCCCCAUCAUGCACCCCUUGAUCCUGAACCCCCGGCACUCGGUAGAUUUCAAACAGUCCCGAAUCUCUGAAGAUGGGAUGCAUCGGGAAGGGAAGCCCAUCAACCUGUCUCACCGAGAGGACCUGGCUUACAUGAACCACAUCAUGGUCUCUGUGUCCCCACCCGAAGAGCACGCCAUGCCCAUUGGAAGAAUAGCAGACUGUAGACUGCUUUGGGAUUACGUCUACCAGUUGCUCUCUGACAGCCGGUACGAAAACUUCAUCCGAUGGGAGGACAAGGAAUCCAAAAUAUUCCGGAUAGUGGAUCCCAACGGACUGGCUCGACUCUGGGGAAACCAUAAGAAUAGGACAAACAUGACCUAUGAGAAAAUGUCCAGAGCUCUCCGUCACUACUACAAACUAAACAUCAUCAGGAAGGAGCCCGGACAAAGGCUUUUGUUCAGGUUCAUGAAAACCCCGGAUGAGAUCAUGAGUGGCCGGACAGACCGUCUAGAACACCUCGAGUCUCAGGAGCUGGAUGAACAAGCGUACCAAGAGGAUGAAUGUUAAGGGAACCUACCACAGCCUCAGCGGUGGGCUGGCCAAGACGAGACCUGCCCACAGGGACCGCAGGAGGCAUGAUGGAGCAGGCAAGCUAGGGAUGGCUUGAAAGGAAGAGACCCAGGAAUAGCAGGAACACUUCUCCUGCAGAUCAAGAGGGACCCAGAGCACCUUAGACAAGCCACCCAGCAAUGGCAGGGCUGGAAUUCUGGCGGAGGGCACAAGCCUGAGACACACGUCAUGUUUGCUCCUCCUUCGACUCUCUUGUCUGUAAAGCCUCACCCUCACCCUGCACCUGUUGUUAGUCUCAUGGUGUUUCUGGUUUUGUUUUCGUUUCUUUUUUUUUUUAAGAACAUGCAGUUUGACUAUUCAUUGUUCAUACAGGGAAGACAUCACAUGUUGCUUUCCUAUGGAAAUAUAUCUAUUAUAUAUAUUAUUAAUUUUUUUUUCGUUGUUGCAAAUCUCACCAAGUACGACCAGCUCUGCUGGUCAGGAAAAAGAAAACUUGCAGAAGAGAUCAGGUUCCUCUUUUUCCUGCCGCAUAGAUCUGGUUUGUCCUAUCCAAGUCAGGUCUUUGAUGAGAAAGGAAAACAAAAAAAAAGAGAGAGAGAGAAAUAGCUUCCAAAAAUGAAAAAGAAGAGUUCUGUCUCCAUCUCCCUCCGCCCCCUCACCCUCACCCUCCCCGUCUUCUGUCCCCCCUUCUCUGCCUGCUGUUCUACUUCACAGGCCUCUCAGCAGCACUAGCCUCACUAGCACCUAAACCAAGCAUUGACCCGACUGUUCUGGGAGAGUCAGACCUCUUGGGCACCCAUCUGAGGGAGGCCAGACACCCCACUAACGCUGCUGUAUUCUAGAACAAACAGUGGGAGGAUGGGGCAUAAGAUAGGACAGAGGACGACCACAGGAUUUGCAAGAACCUGGCAGUCUGAGAUUGUUACGAAAGUACUGCACACUGGGAAAAUGUGAGAGGCCCACACAGGCCUGGUAGUCCAGGAGGUAGACAGAGAGCUCUCUGCACUGAGAGUAGGUCAUCAAAGCUGUCCCAAGACACCAUGGCCUUGUGGGAUUGUCACCACCACCACCACCCACACUCCCAAGUCAUAGCCGUUUUCUUCUUUGAUGGUCCUCACGGAACACGGAACACCUAAGGGAGGAUCCUGGAAUUUAAUCUCAGGCACAGCCGGUAUUUGCACAACCAGAGUAGACAGGAAAUUCCUCAGAUUCAUGCUUUUUCCUUUUUUCCUCCUGUCAUGGCUGUAUUACAUAUCUGUGGCUCCUUUUCACCUUGAUAUAAGGUCAGUAGGAACUUCCAAGAUGACGGUAAUGCCAAGCCUUAGGGUUUUUGAUGGCAGAGAUUUUUAGAUAACUAUUUCAGUGGGGUUUUUCCUCUUCUUUCUUUCUUUCUUUCUUUCUUUCUUUCUUUCUCUCUUUCUUUCUCUCUUUCUCUCUCUCUUUCUUUCUUUCUUUCUUUCUUUCUUUCUUUCUUUCUUUCUUUCUUUCUUUCUUUCUUUUUGUUUGUUUUUCAAGACAGGGUUUUUCUGAGCAUCCCUGGAACUCACUCUGUGGACCAGGCUAGAGCUCAGAGCUCUACCUGCCUCUGCCUCCCAAGCACUGGGAUUAAAGGUGUGCGCCCCCACGCCUGCCUUUUCCUUUUCUAGACAUCUAAAUGGACUCUUGAAGUCAGCUGUUUUAAUACCCAGAUAAUGAGACCUGUCUUUCAAAACCAUCCCUUGUUCUUCCGCACCAUAGAGUGAACAUCUCCCAGCCCUCCUGGGUAUGUCUGUGCUCGACCAGAAGCAGGAUACAGGUGAGGCUGACAGACCAGAGCUGCCCUGCCACUAUUCCUGAGUGGGGCACUAGGAGUACCUGGGCAUGGCUCUCAGGGCCUUACUCACCCGACAUCAGCUCACGGACAGACUGUGGUUCAUGGACACUGGAAUUGAGUUGAUUGGCCUUCUUUAGUCUUGCUGCAACUUCCUAGUGCCUCCCCCAUCUGCCUUUGAAGAGGUCAGCAACCUUCUGGGUGAGGGGUCUGGUCUUAGUAUUCAUGGGUAACAAUGAGAGACACAGGCUACUUGUUUCUUGAAAGCUCGUCACGGGAUACUUUUUUUUUUUUUUUUUGGCUUCUAAAAUGACCGGUACCUUAUGUCAACUGGGGAGAUUAAGCCAAAUACUUGUGUUGUAUGAGCCACUGGGUUGAAGAGCAAGAGAGAAAGGGUGGGCUUUUUCGUUUUUGUCCUUUGUGUGACUAUGAAAUGAGAAGCUAGAACACGUCACUCCGGCCACUUUGCCCAUGUGUAGAACUCAGUCUCUUUUAACUGCCCAGAGGAUCUUCCAGAUGAACCUCGGAAGGAAAUGCCUCUGUUCCCUAAGGAGUCUUGGAUGGCAGCUUCAGCCACUUACGUUAGAAAGGCUCGCUCGUGGCAAUCUUUAUUUCGCACCCCGUGUUACCGGUAAUGAUACCUUUGGUUCUCCUAACUGCAGAAGUUCUUGUUUUUUGUUGUUGUUUUUUUUAAGAGGGGAAAUAUGACCGGCACUAUCACCGGAGUGCAAUGCUCUCAGGCUGCAAACUCAAAAGGGUUCAGAUUUAGCCGAGCAGAUCUUGGAGGGAAUACCACUAGGAGAGUUCUGGUGGGUUUUUUUGGGUUUUGUUGGUUUUGCUUUUUUUCAUCCACUGUGAUCUUCCAGUUCAACAUUGAGUUAGAGAGGAGACGAGGGACGGAAUCUGAAAGCUCCUUUGGUGGCCGUUUUCUGCAGCCCGUGGGUUAGGUCAGGAAAGGAAUUUGCAGGGAAGCGUUGCCGUGCGGAGGAUGGGCAUUAGUACCUAGGUCCUGGAGUCCUCUGUACUGAGUCCUUGACUGGACUGUCUUCAGGUCUCCUUCAGCAGAAAACAGUGGCACUGCUUACAUGUCCCCAGCAGCUUCUCUCUGGUCACUUUGAUCCACUCGAAGUCAGGGUCGCUGAUGCCCCUUAUCUCUUUUUUUGGAAAAGAACAAAGCAGGCUUCUUGCCCAGUACAUUCAGGGCCCUCUGAGCAGCAUCUUUUUACACUAGUACCUUGUCCAGAUAAGAAUGUCACUCAAGCUGACUUCUAGAUGGCUGUGAGGAGUCCCCCGAAUGACUGAGUAGCCACUCCAUCUUUUCACACCGUUCGGGAUCCAUCCAUAAACACAGCUUGGCACAUUCACUGUUAUUGGCAGAAGACAACCCGAGAGAGGUCGUGACACUUUCCCAGGGAGCAGAGAGCAAGACACACAGGAUCAGGAUCCAGCCUCGCAGGCAGGAUAAGUGUUCAGAAUGCAGCUAGAAAUUAUCCUGGUUUAAAUCCCCGUUCUAUCCAUCCCCAGCAAAGAAACUAAAGAUGCCAAGGGUGGUUCUCACUGCCUGCCCAGUCACUUGGUGCUAGUUAGAGCUGCUGUGCGCUCAGCCUGCUCCUCUUCUGAACAGGAACCUAAAUUGGAUGGCAUAAGAAAUCCAGUGGGGCAGGGACACAGAGGGACACCCCGGAACCCUGCCUAUCAACAAGGCACACAGGACUAACCCGGUAUUCUUUCGGCCCCAUCCACGUCAACACUAAACAACUUCAAACCCCCUGACUCUCACCCUCGCAGGUGAGCACUCUUCUGAAGGCUCCUCUUUGUGACUGCAGCCACCUGCAAGCCAGAUGAAUCUAGAAUGAAUUUUUGUUGUUGUUGUUUAGUUUCUAAUCUCUUGUUUAUGAGGUGUGGGGUUUAUAAGGGACUGAAUCAAAUGAAUGUAACAAAAAAGAAAAAAAACCAACAAAAAAAAUGCCUUUUCUCAGGGCCAGUGAGUUGCAAAUAAUUUUUAAAGAAGAAACCUAUAAUUACAUCAUCUCAAUAAAUUUUUUAUAAAAAAAAAAUAAA